AUUUUUUCCAGGUCACAUGAGCCAGGAUGCAAGGGGAUCCUAUCAGGAACGGAGAUGUAAGAUCAAAGGGGAUCAAAGGAAGAUAUGGGGUGAAACACUGAGGACUUUAUAAAGAGAUGAGCUCCAAGACUCAGCAAAUGCCUUUCUUGCCAGUGGAUGGUCCUCAGGAAGUAGCCAGAGACAUGACUGAUGAAAACAUCACCAGGAAAUUUAGAACUCCAGUCCAAACCUCCUAUUUCAUCACUGUGUCUCUUGCUGUCUGUCUUCUUCUGGCAUUGGGAACCAUCAUGGUCUUGGUAUUUCAAAGGAUGGGAUCCUGUCCACAAUGUGAAGGACAUCGUAACCAACAGAAAGAAGCAGAAGCUGCCACAAGACACCCACCGAAUAUGUCGUCUAUGAAAGCUGCUGCAUAUCUUCAAGUCUUAAAGCCAAUCAACCAGUCACAGCUGAGGUGGAUCAAAGACGGCAUUCUACACAACAUAGAGUAUAAUGACGGAAACCUCGUGAUCCAACAGCCCGGACUGUAUUUCAUCUAUUGCCAUUUACACUUUUUUAUCAAUAACUGCCCAGACAAGACAUCAGAUCUAAAGCUAGAGAUUCUUGUGAAUGAGACUUCGAAGAAACAAACUCUGCUCACUUUGUGCAGCUGUGAGAAGACAUCCAAUGGGACAUACCACAACCUCUUCCAGGUACUUCUGAUGGAGCUGAAGAAGGGGUAUCGGAUAGCAGUGAAAGUCACACCGUUUAAAUACGUGGACACAGUUGUUCUUUCCUCAAACAAUGUUCUAGGAGUCUUCUUGUACGACCGUGAAGACUGGAGACACCCUUUGUUCAAUACAGUUGUUUGGAAUGGUCGUUAGCUAAACGAUAACCAACAUCUUGUGUUUUAGGUGCACCACAUCCAGCCCCACUUGUUAAGGGAAAGCCAAAUACUCAGUUCUUAUUAUGUUGAAGUUGUUUCCGUCGCCAUUAUUUUUAAAGACUAGGCUUUUGCUGCAGGCAUCCCAGACCAAACAUAAUCUGGAAUUACAAAACAUAUAUUCAACGAGAGAAUGGAUUGGCAUUACAAGCAGAGUCAGAAAGGGAAGAGAACCAGAAGUAGUUCCCUAUGCUUUAAGGUUGUCCUGCCCCAUCCCCACCCCGUUCAAUUUCUUGGGCCAUCGACUUAAGUGGAGGGACCUGCUUUUAUUGUCCUGUUUCAUCUCCAAAUGCAACCAACGUAUUGCCCGUUUCCACCUCCUCUGGCCAUGUCUGCAGGCAAACAAAUACCUUGGCUGGCAGACUGUACUGUAUGUCCAUGAACCCAGCCCAGAGCGGCAAGAAACACUUACCAGGUCAUAUUCCUGAUAGGCCAUGAUGCCAAUUUUUCCCCCCAAAUCCCACUAAUUUAAGAUAUAAAAAUAAUGAAAAUAGGUAGAUUCAAUUUGCUGCAUUUUGCAAAUCAAUACGAUAUCAUUUUGUAUUGCUUUUAUUAUAAUUUUGUAUAAAACUAGUAUUUUUCAUCUUUCAGUUUUCGAAAUAUACAGUUUCAAUACUCAGCUGUAUUAAUUCUGGCAUUAAAUACAUA